CACAUACAUUUUUACCUCCUUGAAGCCUUGGACAUCACGAAGAACCCACAAAGUGCUGCUCUCCAACACCGAAUGCUCUCCCUUCCUAUUCCCAUGACAAUCCGUAACCCCGCUCUGUAAAUCUGCAGAAUGUCGAACCCAGAGGCGGCCCCUCUGAACCACGCAGAUGUCGAAGCCGCCGAACCUCCUCAAAGAGAUCCCCAGUCGAAUCCCUCUAAUGACGAACUACAUGACCUCCUAGAAAUGGAUACUUGGAGGAGGAGAAAGGCUCCGCUGCACAUAUUGAUACUAUAUGGUCUGCCUUUGUCGCCUCAAUUGGAGGAUUGGGCUCGGGGUUAUAGGGAUACACGAUCACUCUUACUGCACCUUUGGAUGACUACCAAAAGGGGCAGAAUAGAGAAUCAUACGAGAAGGUCUUCGUGGGGAUAAAAAGGGUUGUAAUUCUAGUAUAUAUCAACCAUUCAUGACAAUCGAGGUUUAGAUUGCCAUCAACAUCUUCUGGAGCGCCUUCAAUUUAUACCU